GCCGCGGACGCUCCGGGGUCCUCGCGCACCGGAAGUGCUCGUGCUCGGCCUUUUCCGUCUGCACUGGAGGCGGCGAGUGGCCGGCGUGCUCCGAUCGUUCGGAGCUAACCGCUGCUUGGCGGGCCUCCGCGGCCCGGCGCACGCCCCAGCCGAGCGAAAGAUGGUGGGCCGGAACAGUGCCAUCGCCGCGGGCGUGUGCGGUGCCCUCUUCAUCGGGUACUGCAUCUACUUUGACCGCAAAAGGCGGAGUGACCCCAACUUCAAGAACAGGCUUCGAGAACGAAGAAAGAAACAGAAGCUUGCUAAGGAGAGAGCUGGGCUUUCCAAGUUACCUGACUUAAAAGAUGCUGAAGCUGUUCAGAAAUUCUUCCUUGAAGAGAUACAGCUUGGUGAAGAGUUAUUAGCACAAGGUGAAUAUGAGAAGGGUGUGGACCACCUGACAAAUGCAAUCGCUGUGUGUGGACAGCCUCAGCAGCUGCUGCAAGUGUUACAGCAAACUCUUCCACCACCAGUGUUCCAGAUGCUUCUGACCAAGCUUCCGACCAUUAGUCAGAGAAUUGUAAGUGCUCAGAGCUUGGCUGAAGAUGAUGUGGAAUGAGCCAGCUAUCAACACGAUAAAAUCUCAGUUAAAAAUGAUUUAACCAUUAGCUUGGAAGCUGAUCGGCUGUGGGGAAUAAGGGCAAAUAUGCUUGUCAUGAACUGUCCUACACUGAAGUCUACCAAAGUGAAUGUGCACUUUGAGUAGAUCCAUUGUCUGUUCUAUUUAUUUUUUUUCCAGUGAAAAGUAUUUUGAUAGAACUUUUCAUUUUAUAAAUAUACUGAGUUAACCAAAUAUCAUGGAUUUCGUUUAUUCUUAAGACAUGCAAUGCAAAUGUAAAUACAGGAGAGUAUUAGGUAAAAAUUCACAGUGAUAAAUUUUAAAACAUGGGAAGAGACUACAGAGGAUAGUUGAAUAAUGCCCAUUUUUAAAGGCUAGUACAUUUUAUUGUAAGUCAUCAAAUUGGAUAGAAACUUGUGUUUAUGAAAACUGAGCAUUAAAAUCUUGCAGAGACUGUUUCUUUCUGUUUACUUUUGGACAUGUGAAGUGUGCGGUUAGCGAUCCCAUUCCUUAUCCGUGUUUCCUAAACGCUUCAGUCUACAUCAGUGGCUUAAUGUCCUCUAGGGACUAACCCCUAGUAUUUCAAGCACCUGGCUGCAGAAAGCACCAGGAUUACACCUGGCUGAGCCUUGCCUGCUGUCUGCUCACUCUGCUCUUUACAGACUGAGAGAACCGGUCUGCUCAUCUCUUGGGUGGCUCUGUUCAGCGUGGAGUUUAAUUGGUUCUGUUGAGUGUCUGUAGGUCCAUCUCCAACUGAUGGCUGAUGAUUUCAGAACAACCAGGCAUUGCACUUGUUUAUAUUCUGAAUUUGCAUGUUUACCUGACUCAGUAUUUCUCAAUUAAACCUCUAAGUGGAAUAA